UUGCAGUCCUGGGAAGACACACGCGCCAUGUCGCUGAGCAGUGCCUUCAAGGCUGUGGGCAACGACCCCGGGACCAUCACCUGGAGAAUAGAGAACACACAAGUAUGGCUGCAGGUGUAUGUCGCCUGGAGAGAGCAAUGAAAAUCCGUAUCUGAGACCAUGUGAAUGGCUCUCCUGGGACAAGCCAUAUGUGCAGGGGACACAUCAAGCCCCCACCCUAGACUCCAAUACAGAACGCUGGGCAUGGAGCCCCACACACUGCUGGCACUCACCUCUCAGAGCCCCACGGCACCCCCACGUUCUGUCUGCAGCCCUUGCCUGUACUGGGCGGUCAGGGUUGGAGAACAGCGUUGGAGGCAGUGGUGCGGCUGGCCGGAGAAACUGGAGCUGGCGCUGGUACCUCUGAGUGCCCAUGGCAACUUCUAUGAGGGGGACUGCUACGUCAUCCUCUCGACGCGGAGAGCGGGCAGCCUCCUCUCCCAGGACAUCCACUUCUGGAUCGGGAAGGACUCCUCCCAGGAUGAGCAGACCUGUGCGGCUGUCUACACCACACAGCUGGACGACUACCUGGGGGGCAGCCCUGUGCAGCACCGAGAGGUCCAGUACCAUGAGUCUGACACCUUCCACGGCUACUUCAAGCAGGGCAUCAUCUACAAGAAGGGGGGCGUGGCCUCUGGGAUGAAGCACGUGGAGACCAACACCUAUGACGUGAAACGGCUGUUACACGUGAAGGGGAAAAGAAACAUCAGGGCCACCGAGGUGGAAAUGAGCUGGGACAGUUUUAACCAAGGUGAUGUCUUCUUGCUGGACCUUGGCAAGGUCAUCAUCCAGUGGAAUGGCCCAGAGAGCAACAGCGGGGAGCGCCUGAAGGCUAUGCUUCUGGCAAAGGAUAUCCGGGACAGGGAACGAGGGGGCCGUGCUGAAAUAGGCGUGAUCGAGGGAGACAAGGAGGCUGCAAGUCCGGAGCUGAUGAAGGUCCUUCAGGACACCCUUGGCCGGCGCUCUGUUAUCAAGCCUGCCGUGCCUGAUGAGAUCAUAGAUCAGCAGCAGAAAUCAAACAUCAUGUUGUACCAUGUCUCGGACUCAGCUGGGCAGCUGGCCAUCACAGAGGUAGCAACGAGACCACUGGUCCAGGACUUACUGAACCACGAUGACUGCUACAUCUUAGACCAAAGUGGAACCAAGAUCUAUGUGUGGAAAGGGAGAGGAGCCACAAAGAUUGAGAAGCAGACGGCCAUGUCUAAAGCCCUGAACUUCAUCCAGAUGAAGGGCUAUCCCAGCAGCACCAACGUGGAGACCAUUAACGACGGUGCUGAGUCGGCCAUGUUCAAGCAGCUGUUCCAGAAGUGGUCAGUGAAGGACCAGACCGUGGGCCUGGGGAAAACGUUUGGUGUCGGUAAAAUCGCUAAAGUUCUCCAGGAUAAAUUCGAUGUGACUCUGCUGCACACCAGGCCGGAGGUCGCUGCCCAGGAAAGGAUGGUCGAUGACGGCACCGGGGCAGUUGAGGUCUGGAGGAUUGAAAACCUGGAGCUGGUCCCCGUGGAGCAUGAGUGGUAUGGCUUCUUUUACGGCGGGGACUGCUAUCUGGUUCUCUACACAUACGAGGUGACUGGGAGGCCACACCACGUCCUGUACAUCUGGCAGGGCCGCCACGCCUCCAAGGAUGAGCUGGCGGCCUCGGCAUACCAGGCGGUGGAGGUGGGUCGGCAGUUCGGCGGGGCGGCUGUGCAGGUCCGAGUCACCAUGGGGAAGGAGCCACGCCACUUCAUGGCCAUCUUCAAAGGGAAGCUGGUCAUCUUUGAGGGCGGGACUUCCAGAAAGGGGAAUGCUGAGCCCGAUCCGCCAGUAAGGCUCUUCCAGAUUCAAGGAAAUGACAAAUCUAACACCAAAGCGGUAGAAGUUCCAGCCUUAGCCUCCUCCCUAAACUCCAAUGACGUCUUUCUGCUGCGAACCCAGGCAGCACACUACCUGUGGUAUGGCAAGGGGUCUAGCGGGGAUGAGCGGGCGAUGGCUAAGGAGCUGGCCAGCCUUCUCUGCGAGGGCACCGAGGACGCUGUGGCCGAGGGCCAGGAGCCGGCGGAGUUCUGGGACCUGCUGGGAGGGAAAACUGCCUAUGCCGACCACAAAAGACUACAGCAGGAAAUCCUAGAUGUGCAGCCUCGUCUCUUCGAAUGUUCCAAUAAGAUUGGACGGUUCGUUGUCACUGAGAUCACAGACUUCACCCAGGACGACCUGAACCCAGGUGAUGUGAUGCUCCUGGAUACCUGGGACCAGGUGUUCUUGUGGAUCGGGGCCGAGGCCAAGGCCACAGAGAAGGAGAGCGCCCUGGAGAUGGCCCGGGAGUACCUGAGCACUCACCCCGGCGGCCGGGACACCGGCACACCAACGCUGAUCAUCAAACAGGGCUUUGAGCCUCCUGUCUUCACAGGCUGGUUCUUGGCCUGGGACCCUCAUAUUUGGAGCGCACGCAAAUCCUACGAACAGUUAAAAGAAGAACUGGGAGAUGCCGCUGCUAUCACGAGAAUCACUGCUGACAUGAGGAAUGCAACCCUCACCCUGAAUUCUGAGCCAAAAUAUUACCCUAUUGAAGUUCUGCUGAAAAACCAAAAUCAGGAGCUGCCUGAGGAUGUGAACCCUGCCAAAAAGGAGAAUUACCUCUCUGAACAGGAUUUUAUUUCUGUGUUUGGCAUCACAAGAGGGCAAUUUGCUGCUCUGCCUGGCUGGAAGCAGCUCCAAAUGAAGAAAGAAAAGGGGCUUUUCUAAGGCAAGAAGCUAUAUGCCUAUUGCAAGACCACGGAAGAGAGCAGACAGUGCCAGUAACAGGAAAGAAUUUAUCUACCAACUUUUGCCUAAUAGCCAGCUGCUUAAUUUAGAUACAGUAAGGUCUGCAAAUCACAGCACGUUCUCCAGCUUUCUCACCCCUGCAUUCCGUAGUUGUUGUAUAUCUAAAAUGUUAACCACCUACUUUUCGAUUUUUGUGGCCUUCCGGCUAAAGUCUCAGCAGAAAGCACCACAACUGCAUGAAUCCAGGAAAGUCAGAGAAAAAAAAACAACUGAGUUUAAAGUAUUUCAUAAUGGGGCAAGGACGUAAGGUUGUUUUAAAUUGUAAGAUCGGUGUUUGCAAAAUCUACUUAACCCACCAAUCACUGUAUACCCCAAGGGCAAAAUCCAAAUGCCCAGAUCUGUACGUGCCAGAGAUUUUUAACUCUUCAAAUAAAGAUAUCUGUAUGAGCAAA